CGAUCAGACCAGGUCAUCCUGUAGCGAACGCUCUUCCGCAGAGGUCUCCUCAUUGUGUUACUUCACCCUUCAUGUUUCUAUAUAUCUGCUGAGCCGUUGGUUCCCUCUGCCGCCAAUUUACCUUGCGUCCCGCUGUCCCCUGCAUUCCUCCCAUCGCCGUAGAGCGACAAGUCUCCCAAGAUGGCGCAGGUUGACUCCCUUGAUCUCGUCGUCCUGACAGUGCUCCUUGUGGGCAGCGUUGCGUAUUUCACAAAGGGGACGUACUGGGGCGUCCCGAAGGCAGCUGCCGCAGCCAGCUAUGGCUCUGCCAACGGGAUGCCCAAAGAAGGCAAGACGAGAAACAUUAUCGAGAAGAUGGAUGAAACCGGGAAAAACUGCGUUGUAUUCUUUGGAUCUCAAACGGGAACGGCAGAAGAUUAUGCGUCAAGGCUCGCAAAGGAAGGAGCCCAACGGUUUGGCUUGAAGACGAUGGUCGCUGAUCUGGAAGACUACGACUUCGAGAACUUGGAUCAGUUCCCCGAGGAUAAGGUUGCUUUCUUCGUCCUGGCCACUUAUGGCGAGGGCGAGCCCACGGACAACGCGGUGGAUUUCUACCAGUUCAUGACGGGAGAAGAUGUUUCUUUCGAAGGCGGAGCCUCCGCAGAAGAGAAGCCAUUGUCAUCAUUGAGAUAUGUCACAUUCGGUCUGGGAAACAACACCUAUGAGCACUACAACGCCAUGGUCCGCCAGGUUGACGCUGCACUGACCAAACUCGGCGCUAAGAGAAUCGGUACUGCAGGUGAAGGCGAUGAUGGCUCCGGCACUAUGGAAGAGGAUUAUCUCGCCUGGAAGGAACCCAUGUGGAAAGCGUUAUCCGAAGAGAUGGGCUUGGAGGAGCGUGAAGCCGUUUACGAGCCCACAUUCUGCAUCACGGAGGAGCCAACCAUGUCACCAACGUCCGAAAAUGUUUACGUCGGCGAGCCGAAUCAGAACCAUCUUGAAGGAAACCUGGGCGGCUCCCACAAUGCGCACAAUCCUUUCAUUGCCCCAAUUACGGAGUCUCGCGAAUUGUUUACCGUCAAGGACCGUAACUGCUUGCAUCUGGACAUUGGGAUCCAGGGAAGUACGCUCAAUUAUCAAACUGGCGACCAUCUUGCCGUCUGGCCCACAAAUGCUGGCAAGGAGGUCGAUCGUUUCCUACAGGUUUUUGGAUUGGAAGAUAAGCGCCAUACUGUUGUCAAGAUUAAACCCAUCGAUGUGACGGCUAAGGUCCCUUUCCCUACGCCUACCACCUAUGACGCCGCCGUUAGAUACUACAUGGAGAUCUGCGGACCUGUUUCCCGACAGUUUAUUGCAACUCUGGCCCAGUUCGCCCCGGAUGAGGACACCAAGUCGAAGAUGAAGCGCCUCGGCGAAGAUAAAGACCAUUUCCACGGCCAGAUUUCCACCCAGUUCUACAACAUUGCACAGGCCCUCCAGAGCAUCACCUCGAAACCCUUCACGUCCGUUCCUUUCUCGCUCCUAAUUGAAGGUAUCUCCAAGCUUCAGCCACGCUACUACUCGAUCUCCUCGUCAUCGAUGGUCCAAAAAGAUAGGAUCAGCAUUACGACUGUUGUUGAGUCCAUCCGCGUGCCGGGUGCCGGUCAUGUCAUGAAAGGUGUCACCACAAAUUACCUCCUUGCCUUGAAACAAAAGCAACACGGCGACGCCAACCCGGAUCCGCACGGUUUGACCUAUGAGAUUACCGGCCCCCGAAACAAAUAUGACGGCAUUCACGUUCCGGUCCACGUUCGUCACUCGAAUUUCAAGCUGCCUUCCGAUCCGUCCAAGCCGAUCAUCAUGGUUGGCCCUGGAACUGGUGUCGCCCCGUUCCGCGGAUUCAUCCAGGAACGAGUUGCGCAGGCCGAACGAGGCGACAAAGUGGGCCCAACCGUUCUUUUCUUUGGCUGCAGAAACCGCGACGAAGAUUUCCUGUACAAAGAUGAGUGGGAGGCCGUAUCCGAAAAGCUCGGCGACAACUUUAAGCUGUUCACUGCCUUCUCUCGAGAGAGCGAGAAGAAAGUUUACGUGCAACACCGGCUCCGAGAAAACGCCGUGUUAGUCAACGAACUUCUCAAGAACAAAGCGACUUUCUACGUUUGCGGAGAUGCCGCCAACAUGGCUCGUGAAGUGAACACCAUCCUCGGACAGAUCAUCUCUGAACAACGGGGUCUUCCAUUGGAGAAGGGAGAGGAGUUCGUCAAGAACAUGCGCAACAUGGGAAUGUAUCAAGAGGAUGUGUGGUCAUGAUGGAAAGAGAAGUAAACACGUCUUACCCAGAUCUCACUUUCUCAUUUUAUACUUUGUAUUCCAUUUCAAUAUCCCCCCGUCCCCCCUUUUCCUUUUUAGUCUGAUAUUACUAUAUUUGCGCUGAUUAGAGAGCGUGAGUUCGCUUCGACCCAGCAACCCUGUGGGCUUUAUAUAGAUCUUUGGCAUUGGUAUGCGGUUUCAGUUACUUGCCUACAGCUCUUUCUGUUUGCUUACGUCUCUCGCGGACAUGCUGGACCGCUGGGAGGUUAACGCUCUUUCUUCUGGUCUUAUUUGGUGAAAAUAUAGGCCUGUUGCAUAUUGCUGACUAUUGUUGGUGCUUUUUUCUAACUUCGUGUUUGUUAGAUUGUCUACGAUUGAUGAUGAGCGUAAAGAAACUCAUUUAGCCAUGUAUGUUAUUUAAUUUAGUCUGCUAGUCGUGUGUGGCCA